AUGAUUCGGCCUAGCAGAAAAGUGACAUUCUUCCUUGUUACUAUUGGAUCGGCAACAUCUCAUGCCUGGAUAGGUGUGGGGAUACUGGGGCUGGGUUGCCGAACGAUGAAAGGACAAAAGAGGGGGAAUCUCGGCACGCACGGGUCGUUCCCUCAACACUUCGACUUCCGUGCCGUGUCCAGCGGGAGUAUCCAUCCUGGCAAUGCUACGCUCUACAGGGCAUGCUUGUUAAAGACGUGCACUGUCAACACAAUGCUUGAUAUGGACUUGAUCUUCGGGGAGGACGGAUCUAGAAUUUCUAGCGCCCAGAACAAACUCAUUCUGUUCCCAGGAAGGCAAGUUGAAAAGCAAACGGACUGCGCUGAUCACCAUGAGAACAAUGAGAACCCGCAUCUUGCUCAUCGGGAGUGGAAUGGAGAUCCUUUAUCCGUUAAUGUAAAGUGCAGCCAUGGGAGAUAUUUCUACAUCGCUUCGAAUUUGGGAUGUCCUGAGGAGACCAUUCACCUGAUGAGUGACAGGGAACCCUCUCCCAGCAGGGGUGUUGAGGGCCAAAACAUGCCAGGCAGUCCACCUGCUGCUAUCUUGUGCAGUGGGCACGGCAUGCAGCCGGCUAUUCCUUUCACCAUAAGUUCAUUUUCAAUCGGAGUAGCACAAGAAACCGCUGCCUCAAGCCGCCCAUGGAUCGAUCCGAUGGAUCUUGAUUCCUAUCCUAUAGGAUCCAGCGUUAAGGACUCCAUACAAAGAUAUCCAGAAAGACUUCUGCGGAACAUGAUGAGCAAAAGAGCCAGACAAUCAGCCCUGGAAUACAGUCCUCUCCACAUGGCAGCAUUAAGACCUGGACCCGGGCUCCAUCGGCAGUUCGGACACCAUCAGCUUUCUCGUCAUUGGGCGGUUGUACUCAGUAGACGGUACUUUGUUAAGAAUCUUAUGCGUGGACCAGUCUUUUAG